GGUACUUACUUCCUACCAAACUUCAUCUUGGAGACUCAGAAACACUCGCGUUGUGUGGGGUAUCGAUAUGCCGAGGCGAGAGCGGUGGCUGUCUUGGCGGACAACUCCAAAAGUGUAGGUAGCCAGGGAAGGAAGAAGGUUCCUUAGUCAGGGCCGAGUUGCGAGGACGUCUAAAACCGAGACUGAAACCGGCAGCAAACUGAACCAGCACAGGUCGCAAACCAAUGGCGAAGAGAAAAGGAUCGAGAGGAGAUGAGGGCGACGGCAGCGGAGAAGUCUACCGCAUUUUUAUUUUGGUCUUAUAUUCCUGUAAAUCGAAUUGGGACGAGGAAAUGUGUAGACCUUUCGGCGACGACGGGACAAUGGACGAUGCCGAGUGUCUUGAAAGGCGGCCGGGCGCGAGGGCGGGCGCGGGUGCGGGCGCGGCGAGCACAAGUUGUGUCUAGAACGCUCAACUUUGCGCCUGGUCGGCUUGUGCGGAAGGCAAAGCGGACAAACAGGCCGGCAAGCAGGCAAGCAGGCAGGCAGGCAGGCAGGCAAGCAAGCAAGCAAAGCGGCGGUUCCCAAAGACGGAUAGAGGAACGAGGGGGGCCCCAGUCGGGAGUAUACGGGGCAGUAACCUUGUCUACCUAGCUAGUGGUUGCUUGAGUUAGGCCCAAGGGAUGCGUCCACGUGUCGGAAUUAACCCGAGCCCC